UUUCUUUUCAAUGGAAAAUCAUAUCUGAAAAAUUUUUUGCUGGGUGUGCCCGCAAUUGCUGGAAAACGUACAUUUUUAGCAACGCAAUUGCUAAACUAAUUGUGGAAAAAAAAGUAAAAGCAUUAAGUAUUUGUACGCCCGACGACACCUCACUUACACACAUCGCCAAAAUGCCACGGUACCGGGAAUGGGACCUUGCCUGCAAAGUCUACGUGGGAAACCUGGGCUCAUCUGCGUCCAAAUACGAGAUUGAGAACGCAUUCAGCAAGUAUGGACCCUUGCGCAACGUUUGGGUGGCCCGCAACCCGCCCGGUUUUGCCUUUGUGGAGUUCGAAGACCGACGAGAUGCAGAGGACGCAACCCGUGGCCUGGACGGUACCCGUUGCUGUGGUACACGCAUUCGCGUGGAAAUGUCUUCUGGUCGGUCACGCGAAGGACGCGGUGGUGGCGGCGGCGGCGGUGGUGGUGGCGGAGGCGGUGGCGGUGGACCGCGUCGUGGUGCCCGAAGCGGUAGUGGAGGCGGUGGCGGCGGUGGUGCCCGUACUGGGGACGGCGGUGGACGAUAUAGGAUCAAGUCUUCUACUACUACAAGCACAACAACAACAACAACUACAACAAUAAGAACAACAACAACAGCUACUACUACUAGAACUUCUACUACUCCUCUUCCUUCAACAAGAACUACUACUACAACAACAACCACCACCACCACCACCAGAACAAGUUCACGUCUCACAACUACUACAGCUCCUGCUCCUCCUCAGACACACAUUUCACCACCACCAACUCCAACUCCAACAAGAACACCAACAAUAGCAUACACCACAACCAACAAUUGCCAACUGCCAAGGCAAUUGUGUUGUGGCCCUAGUAUGAUAUUUGCCGAUUUCUGCUACUUCAACAAGUUCGAUAUAUUCCGUUGACAGCAACAAUUGACGAUUACUGCAACACUCAAUAUGCACACAUGCUCCCUUCCACCACAAGCACACCAAUGCCACCACAAUCACCACCUACAGGAUGGGAUGGGAUCCAUGGGUGCAGUCAGUCCAGUCCAGUCCACACCAUCAUCAACAACAACCAACAACCAGAGGCCCAUGGCUAUGGCUAUGGUUAUGGCUACGGCUGCAGCAGCAACAGAAAACAGCAACAGCAAUAACCAACAGCACACACACACCCACCCAACCACACACACACACAUCAGUCAUGGUUCAUUUUUUUGUUUUUCUUUUGUUUCUUCUGAUUUAUGUUCUGUUGCAAGCAAAUAUUGUUGACUGCAGCGAUCAGCGAGCGGCGCCGCAUCGUGUUCAUCUCUCACUCAUCAGCAGCUACUGCUGCUACUUCUAUUCCACCCAAUAACUACACAAAGCCACACCAGAAGUAGCAGCAAGUGCGACAGCCAAAGAGCGCCACAGCCCCGCAACACUAUUAAUGCUCCAGGGAAUCCAUACGAAACCAAAGCCAAAGCAAACUCUAACAGAAACACACACGACACUCCAACCGAAACGAAACCCAGAUACAGACACCAAUCCAAACCAAUCCAAUCCAACCCCAAUCCCAAUUGCAAUCGAAUCCAGCCAACGCUUCAUUCAGCCAACUUGCAACCAACUUGGUCCAACGUCAACGUUCUUAGGCCUCGACCACACUUCUCUGCAGAGCUUCAAGUCGAACGAUUUGUCCCCAACCUCAUCAUCACCAAACAACCACCACAUCAUUUGCCAUCUUCAGCGCAGCCUACCAGCAACAGCAACAACAACAGCUACAGCUACAACAACAGCUACUACUGCCACUACUACUACUACUACUAUGUACUACUACUAUUACAACAACAACAGCAAUUCAACAACAACCAUCAAAAGCAAACACCAACAAGACUUUAGUGCUGGCAAUGGGGAAUGGUCGAUCCAUUUAUUUGCGAUUGGGCCCCCCUACCCGUUGCUGGUUCUUGUUGGUGACCUUCCAGUAGUUGCACCUCUUCCUCUGCUCACCUCUGCUCAAAGUUCGAUCGAUCGAUCAGCUCUCUUGAGGCUGCCUUCACGCUAAUGCAAUGCCAAUGCCAAUGCCAACCCUUCUUCAAUCGCAGCAAGUAUGAAACCAAGCAGAAGCGCAGCUUAGCCCCAAAAGCCAGCCACCACAACGACUGCAGCGAAGAAGCUAAAUGUUUUGUCAAAACUAUACUCGAACUAACAGCAUUAACCAAAAUCAUCUAUUCUGUUCCUUUAUUUUUUAGUAACUCUCUCUCUCUUUCCUUUGUAUUAUUUUUUGUGGUUUCGUUUUCCGUUUCCUGUUCUUAUGUUUGUUUCUGUUUUUGUUUUCUUUUUGAUCGUUCUCCUCUUUUUAUUUUUUGUGUCUUGCGAUAAAUGUUGUUCACGCUAAUGGUCUCUGCUCUAUAUAUCUGUAUAUAUACAAUGUGUGUGCAUGCAAAUACCCGAUCGACUCAAAGCAAAACCUCUUCACCAACAAUGCCAAUGCCAACCAGCGCAAGCAAGCAAUCCGAUCAAAAGCAAUCAAUCAAGCUAGCACCAGGAGCGUGGCCCUCGUCGUCGUCGUCUCUGCUCAUCUCGUCUCGUCCUGCUAUGGUCUGGUCUGGUAACGACACGUCACGUCUCGUCUUGUAUCACCAUCUUAAGCAACUCGGAUGGCGGCGUCUUCAGCUCAGCUACCACCACCACCGCCACCCAUCAUUCCUCCACAGUUGCCGCUUCUACUGAUGCUGCUGCUUCCACUACUGCUUCUCCAUUCAGCUCCGACCAACUUCUUCAGCUGCAGCCAGAAAAGGCGA